GGUGUGGUGACGAGAUUGCUUGUGAAAACUGACUCUCAGCUCGUGAGGGCUGUGUGGCCCUUUAAAUGUGUUUAAAACUGAGUUACCAUUAAUUGUGCUGUAUUGAAAUUUAGUUCUGAUCUAAUCGUCAUGCAAGGAAUUUGAGAAGAGCCGAAUUUACCCGAAUCAGCCUGAUCAGGUCCAGCACGUCAUCGUCUCGGGUGCAGGUCAAACAGGAACAAUGAGUGAGUUGGAGCAGUUGCGUCAGGAAGCGGAUCAGCUUCGCAAUCAGAUCCGGGAUGCAAGGAAAGCCUGCAGUGACUCCACACUUUCACAGAUGACAGCAAGUCUGGACUCAGUGGGGCGGAUACAGAUGCGAACGAGACGCACACUCAGAGGACACCUCGCCAAGAUAUACGCCAUGCACUGGGGCAGCGACUCCAGGUUACUUGUCAGUGCCUCCCAAGAUGGAAAGCUGAUUAUAUGGGAUGGAUAUACAACCAACAAGAUGCAUGCUAUUCCCCUGCGCUCCUCCUGGGUGAUGACCUGUGCCUACGCCCCAUCUGGGAACUAUGUGGCCUGCGGAGGACUGGACAACAUCUGCUCCACAUACAGCCUUAAAACCCGCGAGGGUAACGUCAGGGUCAACCGGGAGCUGGCCGGACACACGGGUUAUCUGUCCUGCUGUCGUUUUCUUGAUGACAAUCAGAUCAUCACCAGCUCUGGAGACACCACAUGUGCAUUGUGGGACAUCGAGACGGGCCAGCAGACCACCAGUUUCACAGGACACACAGGAGACGUGAUGAGUCUGUCGGUCAGUCCCGACUUGAAGACAUUCGUUUCGGGCGCCUGCGAUGCCUCCGCCAAACUGUGGGACAUCAGAGACGGGAUGUGCAGACAGUCCUUCACUGGACACGUCUCCGAUAUCAACGCUGUCUGCUUCUUCCCAAAUGGAAACGCCUUCACGACGGGCUCAGAUGACGCCACCUGCAGGCUGUUUGACCUGCGUGCGGAUCAGGAGCUGAUGAUGUACACUCACGAUAACAUCAUCUGCGGCAUCACCUCUGUGGCCUUCUCCAAGAGCGGACGCCUGCUGCUGGCCGGAUACGACGACUUCAACUGCAACGUCUGGGACACUUUAAAAGGAGAACGGGCGGGCGUCCUGGCUGGCCACGACAAUAGAGUGAGCUGUUUAGGAGUAACCGAUGACGGGAUGGCGGUGGCCACGGGAUCAUGGGACAGUUUCCUUCGGAUCUGGAAUUAAAGUCUCCAAAUUCCAGUUUCCUUUUGCUCCCAUUUUCUACGUCUUUCCGCAGCGGCUCCUCUGUAUUCCAGUUAUUAUUACACAUGAUUUUCAGUAUGUAGUUUAAUCCCGUGGAAAAUCGCCACGCGAACCACAUAAAGAGAUUAUUAAAGUGUCAUUGUGUAAUAUGUAAAUAUACAUGUAUAUGAAUAUAGAUAUGGUAUAUAUGUACAGCAUUACGUGUAUGUAUAUACCAUAUAGUAUAUACAUACAUAGUGUUCAUGUAUAUAUUUUUCUAGUCGAUCAUUGGCCCAUGACAUUUUUAUUAAUCCGUCACGUUUUGUAUUUUAUUUUCUGUUUCGUGUACAUAGAAAACGACGCUAAACUAGAUGGAACAUUCCGACGCCAGUCUGUAUUACAAAAUAUUUGUGAGGUUUUCAUGCGUUGGACGACAAAAGUGUGCUUUUUAUGCAGACGACCUCUGUAUUUGUUUUGUUUUUAUUAUUAUUAUUUGACAUGCCACUAAAUCAAUCAUCAUUUAUUGGUGCUUGAGGGUGUUUGGAAAGACGGCACUGAAUUUUCUCACAGCCUUGAGACUGAAUGUUUAACUCUGCGCCUUAUUUUUAAGGCGUUUCUUAAUUUUGAUCUAUAAAGAAAUUUAUAAUCUGUCUGCCCUCUGCUUAGCCUUAAAUACUUGCGAUUACGAUAGAAAUAAUCCUAGUAUAUCAAUUCUGCUUCUUGGUGCUUUAAAAGGAAAUUUAAUUAAAUAACACUCGCCUUAUUCUGUUUUUUAUUGUUGCUUUUAUGAUUAAAAAUGACCACAAACCGUCCUCUUAAA